AUGCCAUUUUUCAAAUCAAAAAAGAAUGACACAACCAAAGACAAUCGAUCAAGAUCAAGUUCAAUUGAUUCAAAUCAUUCAUUUAAAUUAAGAACAAUCUUUAAAUCAAGUUCAAGUAUAGAUCAUGAUCCUUCACGAUUAUCACCAUCCUCCCCCCAACUGAUUGAUGGAAUAAUGUCAAAAUCUCCAUCUCCAGUAUUAUUACAUUCCAAUGCUGCCAAUAGAAUGUAUUUAAACGUACCGUCUAACAACAAAAAAGCUGGGGUUGUCAAUCUGAAUGAAGGAUUGAGUUCUUUCAGCCACAUCCCGCAAAAGAAGCGUAUAAGUACAAUCGCAGAAGAUCACAACGAUGAAAUAGACACUAGUGAAAAUGAAGCCGAUUUUGACGACGAUGAUGGGGAAGAAUAUGACGAAGACACGACAGAUGAAGAGGAAGAGGAGGAUCAUUUACAUCCAAUAAAACCACGAUUCAGAACUGAGCAUGGGAAUAUAUCCCAUCAUUUAUCUACAUUAAUGGGAUAUUGCGGAUUAGUCAAUUCAUCAAACUUGACUGAAAUAGCUAAUGAAGAAUCCAAACUGACAUAUUCAUUAUUAGAUUCUCAUAAUAAGAUUCAUAGAAUACUGAGAUCAUCCAAUGAUAAGACAUCAGUCAUUAGUGAUGCACAAGUUAAAUUAAUUAAUAGUCUAACUAAGAAAUUGCAUUCAAUUUUACAAAAUAAAGACAAUAAACUGUUAAAAGAGGGGAAAUCAUUACAUGAUAGAUAUGGAGUAACGCGAAAUUUGAUUGGAAGAGGAGCAUAUGGAGUAAUUAAAAUUAUAUAUCCCGUUUCUAACGGUAAAACUUCACCAGAUUUAGAUCAACAAUUAUAUGUGGUUAAAGAAUUAAAUCGGAAAAAACUUAAAGAAGAAUCAAAUGCAAAAUUCAUUGAGCGAAUUUUAUCAGAAUUUGUAAUUGCAUCAACUUUGAAUUAUAAACAUAUUGUUGAAACCAUUGAUUUAAUGAUAAAUCCUCAAGAUUUUAAAAUAAGUCAGAUCAUGCAAUGUAGUCAAGGUGGAGAUUUAUUCAGUUAUCUAACUACAGGAAUUGACAUCAAGUCACGACCAGUUGCAUUUAUGUCAUUAUAUGAAGUAGAUUGUUUCAUCAAACAAAUUGCCAAGGGUUUAAAAUACAUGCAUAAUCAUGGUGUAAGUCAUUGUGAUUUAAAACUAGAAAAUAUCUUAAUAACUUACAAACAACCACAACCCCCAUCAUCAUCAUCGACAGAUCCCAAAGCCAAAAUCAUUCUAAAAUUAUCCGAUUUCGGAAAAUCAUUCGUAUUCCAAACCAAAUUUGACAAAUCCGAACAACUAAUCCCCACUUCUCAAGGUCCAAUCGGUUCACUCCCAUACGUCGCUCCGGAAGAAUAUAUCAAAAACACAAAUUAUUCAUCCAUGAAAAAGGAUUGUUGGGCAUUAGGGAUAAUAAUCCUUGUAUUAUUCAAUAUUCGUCGUCAUUAUUAUACAGGACGACAAACUCAAGAAAAUAUUGAAUUGAGAUAUGAUGAAGGUGAUGGUAGUGAUGGAUAUAGUGCUGGUUAUUUAUGGCAAACUACGGAACCUAAGCAUCAUCAUCAUUCAUUAUCGAGUGGAAGAGAAUAUCAGGAUAAGGUGUUUAAUGAAUAUGUUAAGAAUAGAUUGAAAGGAGAUUAUGAUGAUGAGUCCAAGGAAUGGACGAUAGAUUGGCCAGGGAGAUUUAGACCUAUAAAUGAGAUUUGUGAAUUAGUAAAAGAUGAAGAUGAAGAUGACGCUACAAAGAAAGCAGGGGAAGGGGAAGAAAAAGGAGGAGUGGAAGAAGGGGAUGAGUUGAAUACUUUGAGAGUGAUGAUAUUAUAUAAAUUAUUAGAUAUUGAUCCUGCCAAGAGAUUAACUGUGAAUCAUUUCUUGAAUAGCGAUUGGAUGACAUCUACUGAAGAUUGUUGUUGA